AAAAUACACCGAAACACUUAAAAGGACACUUUUCAUUCUUACGUUUAAUCGCGUGCGCACCUUAACGGUCAAAAUAGUGUAUUUCAGACAAUAUCUGGUAGCACUAACAGUAAAAAACAUUUUUACUGCUAACAAAGAGUCUGCAUAUUAUAAAACGUGAGAGGUUACAUAAACGACCACACGGCUGUACCAAUCAGCGCUGCUGCUGCUGGGCGUCAAAAGAAAGGACCAGUGGUUUAUUUGGCUUCCAGCGAGUUGUUGUUUUCUGCUGAAUUUUAACAGCGAAUAACUGGCCCAUUGUUUGGCAAAACAGCGUCGACCCAAGGACAUCGAAAAGUUUUGGAUAAGAAAACGUGGAAAAAAACAUGGCUGCAGUGCGGUACCCCCAGCGCACCCUCAGGGAAUCGCUCCACUGGGACGAAACGGAGUGCAUGAACUAUUAUGGGAUGCUUUCUCUCCAUGAGAUGUUUGAAGUAGUUGGCUCUCAGCUAACAGAAGCAGACGUUGAAGUUCUGUCUUUCCUGCUGAAUGAAACCUACCCCGGAUCACACCCUCUCGACCCGGCUGGCUGGACGGUUGAACCUGCUGAAGGCGAUCCAGAGGACUCUGGUGUAGCCCCGAGUCCACAGCUGCUCAAAGCAUGGAGACGGAUCAAGCACAACGAAUCACAGCAGCCUUCAGUGGUCUCAAAGUCUAAAAGCGGCCUUGAGCUGUUGCUAGAGCUUGAAAGGAGAGGAUACCUCAGUGAUGGCAACCUGGAGCCACUGCUCCAACUCUUAAGAGUUCUCACCCGUCAUGAUCUGCUGCCAUUUGUGUCCCACAAGAGAAGGAGGACAGUGUCCCCUGAGAGAACUGGACAGAGGUAUGAAUUAGAUAAAUCCGAACUGGUGUUUGGAUUACAGCAUAGCUGCAGAGACACGGAUAUGCCUCUUUCAUCCUUCACACAACAGUUAACUACAGGUAUUUACCCUCCUGCAGCUGGGUCUUCUACAAGGACUCGGAGGAAGAAGAGAGGACAUGGCUGGAGCCGUAAGCCCAAGAAAACAAGCAGACCGGUUCAGCCACUGCCUCUCCCGCCUGCACCUCAGAAAGUGUCGUGUGAUAUUCGCCUACGCGUACGGGCCGAGUACCUGGAGCACGAGUCAGCACUGCGUGAGGGCGUCUCUUCAGACAAGCGUCAGCCGCUGGAGCGUCAGUUCGACUUGUUCAGCCGAGCCAGCUCGCUGCUGCGCACCAGGGAUCUGGGCUCCAUCGUCUGCGACAUCAAGUUCACAGAGCUGGACAACCUGGAGGCCUUCUGGGCUGACUACCUGAGCGGGGCGCUGCUGGAGGCCCUCAAGGGGGUCUUCAUCACGGACUCCCUGAGGACGGCUGUUGGCUCAGAGGGCGUCCGCCUCCUGAUCAGCGUGGAUCAGGAUGACUAUGAGGAAGGGCGAAGGCUGCUGAGAGCCAGGAAGAUGAUGUCAUCGUGCAAUGGUGGGGUCACAAAGUCCUGUUAGGCCUAAUGAUCCAAUGAGACUCUUAUUCUGUUGUACUAUACAAUACUUGAAGGAAAGAUUAGCUGGGACUAAGGCAGGAGACUGACGUUCAAGUGGAAGUCAGAAGCACUUUUAUGGCCUUUUUUUUUUGCAGUUGAUGAGAAGACCACUAGAUGGCAGGAGUAACUAUUUUUGUUCAUAACACGCCUUUCUGUUUUCAGAGCUGUCUUAAGUAGGAACACAAACAUUUAUGAGUGAAAGUGGAAUAAUUAUGGAUUGGUCUGAAUCAGGAGGAGCAGGUACUGCACCUUAAAACUAAACUGGAUGAAAAAGGGACUGGCAGACCUGAACAUCCUGAUCCAGCGGUAAAAUUACAGUUUUUACUAGCUUUAUUUAAAUCCAAUAAAAGAGCAGACUGAAUUUAGGUUUAGAAGAAGUGCUGACUUAAUGGACCAACCGUAUCCAUGUCUAAAUAUUUCUACCAUUUUAUUUUUGGAUUAACUCGGUUCUGGACAUUCUCGUUUGCAGUUCCACCACUGACAGUUUGAAAAUUACUUAUUUAAUACUUGAAUGCUAGGAAAAUAUUGAAAUAUGAAAUGGAGUGAUUAUCUCAAAUUUGUAAAGCCAAAAAAAACAACAACAAACAUUUCAGAGUAAAAUGGGAGUACUGUGCCUCUGACUUGUGCUUUGAAGUUUGGAUCGCCCAGUUGACUCAGGAGAAGCUAGAUAAGGCUGGGAUUCUCUGCCCCGUGCUCCACGAUAACCCACCGUAUGAUUGCUGUGGCCAGUGGAUACUUUAGUCAUCAGCAGAUAACAGCAGUGAUUAGGAACAGGUCUCAGCAGACCAUGGAAGAUUCAUCACUGCAACCUUGUCAAGGGGAUCCCUGAUAAUGUAAUGGUGGCUUGUGCCCAGGCUCCUAGCAAGGCCUCAGCAAGUGCUUCUCCUAGCAAGUAAAGCGGAGGACAGUGCGUCAGUCAAUAGAAGUGAUGUUGGAGAGAUCAAAAUCAAAAGUGCAGAUCCCAGCUCCACUCAGCCCUGCGAUGUUGGCCCAGUAGAGUGGCUCACGGACAGCUGUCUACUCACCCUGCUGGAACUAAUGCCUGGACUUCACUCAUAGAAGACGAUCAAUAAGGCCUCUCGCUCUUAAGUCCCUUCAUACUGGCACGACUUAAGCAGACAGACACUGUCAGGAGCACAAGUGUGCAGGGCAGAGCAGAGACCGGCAGCAGGACAAUGAACAGAUUUCCAUGUUGUGUUUCUUUUGGUAAAAGAAAUUGUGUAUGUUUGUAUUGUUCACUAAUUCAGGGGAACAUUGAUUUCUUUUGAAGGGUAACUUUUUUUUUUUUUUUUGUGGAAAUCUUUAUAUUGAGAAUAAUUUCUGGUGAAAAUUAAAGAUUUUG